AUGGGAUGGGGGUGUGGAAGGGGUUUCUGUAAGGGUGCCAAACACCCCUCAUCUCAAGCCCAGUGUGCGGCGCUCCCUCAAUACCGCCCCCCACCCCGUCCGGUGUGCGGCGCUCCCUCAGUACCGCUCCCGUCCCGUGUAGGGCGCUCCCUCAGAGCUGACCCCCAGCUCAGGAGUUCCCUCAGUUCUGACCCACCAGCCCGGUGUGCGGCGCUCCCUCAGUACCGCUUCGCCAGCCCAGGCGCUCCCUCAAGUACUGACCCCAGCCCGGACCGUGCGCGGAGCUCCCUCAGGACUGCCUCUAACCCAGACGGCGGCGCUCCCUCAGCGCAGCCCCAACCGCCACCCCGCGACAGUGCGGCGCUCCCUCAGCGCUGCCCCUGGGAAUCAGGAACCGGGAUUUCAGUGCUGGAUUUGCAACUGACCUCAGCAGCACCUCUUUCCUGCACUACCUCAACCAACCUUUGUGUCCUGAAACCAACGGAGCCUCUCGGAGAGACGAUUCCAAAGACUCUGCACCCUCUGGAAGGUAGGAGAGAGAACCAGGAACGGCCAGGGACGCAGGAAUCCUGGACAAUACUGUCAGCCUUCCCGAAACAACGCAGGGAGAAGAUGGACAGGAUGGGUCCAUAGAAUUUGGAGUUACUCAACAUUUCCUCCUCGCCGACAAUCAACACAGGCUCAUCUCAAGGAUGCAUGCUCAGCCCACUGCUCUACUCACCCCACACUCGUGACUCUGGCUAGGCACAGCUCAAAUGCCAUCUAUAAAUUCGCCGAUGACACCACUGUUGUUGGCAGAAUCUCAGACGGUGACGAGGAGGCGUACAGGAGUGAGAAAGAUGGGCUGGUUGAGUGGUGUCGCAACAACAACCUCGCACUCAACGUCAGCAAGGCCAAGGAACUGAUUGUGGGCUUCAGGAAGGGGGAGUCGGGAGAACACGCACCAGUCCUCACUGAGGGGUCAGUGGUGGAAAGGGUGAGCAGCUUCAAGUUCCUGGACGUCAGCAUCUGAGAGGAUCUAUCCUGGGCCCAACGCACUGAUGCAAUCAGGAGGAAGGCACACCAGCAGCUCUGCUUCAUUAAGAGUUUGAGGAGAUGUCAGUAAUAAUAAACCUGGUUCUGAUUCUCACUGCCUCCUUUAAUAUACUCCCCCCGUUGUUUCCCCUCAUUC